AUGGCUACAACAUUGACGGGCGGAAAUCCGCACAUCAUCCAACUCCCCACGACGCCCGCAGGCGCGGCGCUCGACCCGCGCGCCAUCGCACAGCGAUGGCUGACCAACCUCGAAACCCAAUUAUCCCAACCGGUAACAGUCGACCUCACUGGUCUGUUCCACACCGAGUCGUGGUGGCGCGACAUGUUAGCACUAGACUGGGAGCUGCACACGGUGCGGACAGCAGCAGAUAUCCAAACGUUUCUGCGCCAGCAUCAGAGCCAGGCGCAGCUGUCUGCGCUGCGGCUCCAGGAUAAGGGCCAGUUCCAGCCGCGCCAUGAGCAGGUUGUUGAUGGGCUGAGCUGGGUGUCAACUAUGUUCUUUUUUGAGACGGCUGUGGGCCGCGGCACGGGCAUGCUACGUCUUACGCAGGAGGAGGAUGGCGCGCCCUGGAAGGCAUAUGCGGUGUAUACCUCGUUGCAGGAGUUACGGGGUGACGAGGAGCCCCUAGGGAAGCGCCGUCCGGAGGGGACGACUGAGUCCAUGCCUGGUGGAUUGGCUGGCGGGACGUGGAUUGAGCGCAGGUUGCGUCAGAAGGAGUUCCUGGAUACCGAACCUGUUACUUUGGUUGUGGGUGCGGGCCAGGCUGGGUUGAAUAUGGGCGCGCGUCUGCAGAGUCUGGGAGUGUCGUGUCUGAUUAUCGACAAGAAUGAACGCGUUGGGGAUAACUGGCGCAAUCGAUACCGUACACUGGUCACUCACGAUCCCGCCGAAUUCACUCACAUGGCCUACCUGCCCUUCCCCAAGAACUGGCCGCAGUUCACCCCGAAAGACAAGCUGGGGGACUGGUUCGAGGCAUACGCAAGCAUCAUGGAGCUGAACGUGUGGCUCCAGACUUCGGUCGUCUCUGCUGAGUAUGACGACGCCACCGCCAAGUGGACUGUCGUUGUGGCUCGCGGCGAUGGAUCUCGACGCACGCUACGCCCUCGCCAUGUGGUCUGGUGCACCGGUCACUCUGGCGAGGCGCGGAUUCCCACGUUUCCAGGCCAGCAGACCUUCCAGGGGACAGUGUACCAUGGGAGCCAGCACCGCGAUGCAUCCGAGGCGGAUGUGCGUGGGAAGAAGGUUGUCGUUGUGGGGACUGGGAAUAGUGGCCACGAUAUUGCGCAAAACUUCUAUGAACAUGGCGCAGAUGUGACUAUGUUGCAGCGGAGCGGGACGUAUGUCUUGACUGCCGAAAAGGGCGUGUUUAUGAUGCACGAGGGUUUACAUGAAGAUGGCGGACCACCAACUGAAGAAGCCGACAUCGCCUCCGAAAGCCUGCCAUGGCCAAUUCAACUCGCAUUAAGCGUCCACCUGACACGGCGCAUAGCUGCCGCCGAGAAAGAUACCCUGGACGGGCUACGCCGGGUCGGAUUUCGGCUCGACUUUGGACCUGAUGGGGCAGGUAUUGCUCGCGCAUACUUCACCCGCGGCGGCGGGUACUACAUCGAUGUCGGCUGCAGCCAGCUCAUCAUCGACGGCAAAAUUGGUGUCAAGCACAGCCCCCGCGGGAUCACCCAGUUCGGACCGCGCGAGCUGCAUCUAGCGGAUGGAAGUACCUUGCCGGCGGAUAUUGUUGUCUUGGCCACCGGGUACGAUAAUAUGCGGACGACGGUGCGCAAGGUGCUGGGUGAUCGAGUGGCAGAUCGGUGUUUGGAUGUGUGGGAUUUGGAUGCAGAGGGCGAGGUUAAUGCCAUGUGGCGCCCCAGCGGCCACCCCGGGUUCUGGUUCAUGGGCGGCAAUCUCGCACUGUGUCGCAUCUACUCCAAGUUCCUGGCAUUGCAAAUCAAGGCGAUUGAGACAGGACUGUCGCCACGAGUUCGGUAG